ACAAGUCCUUGAACAAUUCAACCUCUCAAAAUUACCAUUGUUUCUCAAGGUAAUAGACUCAAUACUUUUAUAUGUGGAGCUACCAAAUUCAAUCACCUGUGGCUGUUACACUUCUAUAAUCUGUCGAAGAAAAUCCUGCAUAGCAAAUAGAUCACUGAUCAAUAAGUAUGUCUCGUUGUAAAAUAUUGAUUGAUUUGCGUUUCAAUAUUAAUUAUUCCGUAUUCAGUUUCUGACUAGAUUUGAUAUAUUCAACCAGCUUUAUAUGCCAGUUGCCUGGCUGGAAACUUAGUGGAACAGCUUUGGGGGUUUGCCUCGCCUGCUGCAAUUGCAUUGCUUCAUCCAAGUCUUCUCCCUGUUGCAGCAAUGGGUUUUGCUGCUAAGGUUGCUGUCAUUGUGGGAGGUCCAGUGGUUGGCAAGCUUAUGGAUCAUUUUCCCAGGGUACCUGCAUUUAAUUGUCUGACCAUUGUUCAGGCAGUUGCUCAGCUGUUAUCAGUCUUAGUGAUCACUCAUGCCCACAGCUUCCAUGACACAUCUUCAAACUUUCUUUUCCGGCCUUGGUUUGCUUUACUUGCUUUUGCUGGGGCAGUUGAAAGGCUAUCUGGACUGGCUCUGGGGGUUGCUGUUGAACGUGAUUGGGUUGUUUUGUUAGCAGGUACCAAUCGGCCAGUUGCUCUUGCACAAGCAAAUGCUAUUCUUAGUCGAAUUGAUCUCUUGUGUGAGGUUGCUGGAGCAGCACUCUUUGGCUUCUUUCUGUCCAGAUAUGAGCCUGUAAAAUGCUUAGGGUUUGCUGCUACUUUAAUGAUAGGAGCAUUGCCUAUUGUGAUCCUUUCGACAUGGCUAACCAACAAACUUUCUCAUGGGGUUCUUGACCGUGCUAAAUCUAUACAAGCUUGCUGCACUUGCCACUCCAACGGUUCUUUUUUGGAUACUGAAAGUAUAGCGGGGAUGAGUCUAAAAGCCAUCAAGCAUGGGUGGGUUGAAUAUAUCCAGCAGCCUGUUCUUCCAGCAAGCAUAGCUUCUGUGUUACUAUGCUUCAAUGUUGUUCUUGCUCCCGGUUGUUUAAUGACUGCAUUCUUAACACAGCGUGGCCUAAAUCCAUCCAUCAUAGGAAGCUUUAGUGCAUUGAGUGCAUUCAUGGGAAUUGCAGCUACUUUUGGGUCUGCGCAGAUGGUCAAGAGAUUUGGCAUCUUAAAGGCUGGAGCAGCUUCUCUGAUAUUGCAGGCAUCACUUUUAAGCACUGCUGUAGUUGUCUAUAGGACUGGAUCCCUUACUCGGCAGACACAACUUCUCUUCUUCUUGGGUCUGAUAGUGAGUCGGUUAUCACUUGCUAUUAUUACAGUUAUUUUUUUGUUUUAAAAAGAAUCACCUAUUUCCAUCAUGUCUGAUGGAGCUAAAGAUUCACUUUUUUUGGCUUUGGAGUAUGAUGGAAUAAAGCAAAAUGGCUCUUUAAAUUACCUGUGCUUCUUUUGAUAGCCAAGUAGCAGUUAGUCAAUGCAACUUUUGAUGCUCAUCAUGGGUCAUCUGGAAACAGCCGCUCUAUGUCCUAAACAUAGUGGUCAGGCUGAUACAUCCGCCUCCCCCUUACCUCGCAAUGAGUGGGAGCCUUUGAGGCACUGGGGUAAUGUUGUUGUUUGUUUAAAAAAGCAUCACCUAUUGGUCAUCAACUUUCCUGUAAGUUUAAAACUGAAAAUUUUCAAAUAAACCAAAUAACUGAUCUUUUAGAACACGAUAACUGAUAUCAAAAACCAAAUUUUCGAAAGGUUUGGUCUUCAGAGGUCUUCCGAAAACAGCAUCUCUACUCUAAUGGGUAGUGAUAAGGUCUGCGUACAUCUACGUCUCCCAGAUCCCAUUUUUAGGAUUUACUAGGUUGUACCAAAAUUUUGAAUCUAACUAAAUGUCAAAUUUGAUUAUGAUUACCUAUUCCCAGU